ACAGGGGACCGACCUUCCGCGACGCGGACGCAUCUGACCACUCGCAGGAGUCCAGGCCUCGGGCCCGCGGCCCGCGCGCGCCCCCGCGAAUCCCGCCCCCGCGGGCAUGCGCACCAAGCCCCUCUGCAAGGGCGCGCCCCCGCCGCCGCAGCCGCCGCAGCCGCACGCGCCCGCCGCCUGGAGGCCGGGCCAGGCCGCGGCGGAGGCAAGGCCCAGCGCCCUGGGCGGCGCGCGGCCGCCGAAGUCCGUCCUCCCGGUGGGGCGACAAGCGGCGCAGGGGAGGGGACAGCCCGACAAGCAGGAAGCUGCGGCUUAAAAGGGCAGCUCGCGCCCAGCCCUUCCUCCCGCGGUCCAGGCCUGCGAGCUCCGGUCUUCACUGCUCCCACCGUUCUCGCCUUAGCCCGCCGCCAUGUACCGCCGUCUGGGCGAAGCGCUGCUGCUGUCCCGCGCCGGGCCCGCUGCCCUGGGCUCUGCGGCUGCAGACUCAGCCGCGCUGCUCGGCUGGGCCCGCGGACAGCCCUCCGCUGCCCCGCAACCCGGGCUCACGCCGGUCGCCCGGCGCCAGUACAGCGAAGCGGCCGCCGACCGCGAAGACGACCCCAACUUCUUCAAGAUGGUGGAGGGCUUCUUCGACCGCGGCGCCAGCAUCGUGGAGGACAAGCUGGUGGAAGACCUAAAGACCCGGGAGAGCGAGGAGCAGAAGCGGAACCGGGUGCGCGGCAUCCUGAGGAUCAUCAAGCCCUGCAACCAUGUGUUGAGCCUCUCCUUUCCCAUCCGGCGCGACGACGGCUCCUGGGAGGUCAUCGAAGGCUACCGGGCCCAGCACAGCCAGCACCGCACGCCCUGCAAGGGAGGUAUCCGUUACAGCACUGACGUGAGUGUAGAUGAAGUGAAGGCGCUGGCUUCUUUAAUGACAUACAAGUGCGCAGUGGUCGAUGUGCCAUUUGGAGGUGCUAAAGCAGGUGUUAAGAUCAAUCCCAAGAACUAUACAGAUAAUGAAUUAGAAAAAAUUACACGGAGGUUCACCAUGGAGCUAGCAAAGAAGGGUUUUAUUGGUCCUGGCAUUGAUGUGCCUGCCCCAGACAUGAGCACGGGUGAGCGGGAGAUGUCCUGGAUCGCUGACACGUAUGCCAGCACCAUAGGGCACUAUGAUAUCAAUGCACAUGCGUGUGUUACUGGAAAACCCAUCAGUCAAGGAGGCAUCCACGGGCGCAUCUCUGCUACUGGCCGGGGUGUUUUCCAUGGAAUUGAAAACUUCAUCAAUGAAGCUUCUUACAUGAGCAUUUUAGGAAUGACACCAGGGUUUGGCGAUAAGACAUUUGUCGUUCAGGGAUUUGGUAAUGUGGGCCUGCACUCUAUGAGAUAUUUACAUCGUUUUGGUGCUAAAUGUGUUGGUGUUGGAGAAUCCGAUGGGAGUAUAUGGAAUCCGGAUGGUAUUGACCCAAAAGAACUGGAAGAUUUCAAGUUGCAACAUGGAUCCAUUCUGGGCUUCCCCAAAGCCAAGGUCUAUGAAGGAAGCAUCUUGGAGGCUGACUGUGACAUUCUGAUCCCUGCAGCCAGCGAGAAGCAGUUGACCAAAUCCAAUGCACCCAGAGUCAAAGCCAAGAUCAUUGCUGAAGGUGCCAAUGGGCCAACCACUCCAGAGGCUGACAAGAUUUUCCUGGAAAGAAACAUCAUGGUUAUUCCAGAUCUCUACUUAAAUGCUGGAGGAGUGACAGUGUCGUAUUUUGAGUGGCUGAAGAAUCUAAAUCAUGUCAGCUACGGCCGAUUGACCUUCAAAUAUGAAAGGGACUCUAACUACCACUUGCUCAUGUCUGUUCAAGAGAGUUUAGAGAGAAAGUUUGGAAAGCAUGGCGGAACUAUUCCUGUGGUCCCUACAGCAGAGUUCCAGGACAGGAUAUCGGGUGCAUCUGAGAAAGACAUCGUGCACUCUGGCUUGGCCUACACAAUGGAGAGAUCUGCCAGGCAAAUUAUGCGCACGGCCAUGAAGUACAACCUGGGAUUGGACCUGAGAACAGCUGCCUAUGUCAAUGCUAUCGAGAAAGUCUUCAAGGUGUACAAUGAAGCUGGUGUGACCUUCACAUAGACAGCUCACAGCUGACUUCUUUACCACCUCUUCACCUAUAAUUUCUGCAGACCUGUCACAAGUUUACAUGUAACCAUAGAAAUCUGUUCUUGUGACUCAUUAGUUAAUGGACACUGUUCUCAACAAGUCAGUUGGAAUCAGCCCCUUAAGAGAAAGAGAUUAAGUUAGAGGAUCAUGUACAAGCUGAUGGUAUAAAAGUAGGAAUCACGUGUAUCCGAACCAGUUAGGUGUUUUGCUUUUAGGUAAAGUCUCUGCUCCUGGCUGUGCUGCCUUGCUCUGGGCUCUUCCCAACAGGGUCUGCUGUUGCCAGGGAAGGAAUCAAGAGCAGUCAGUCACUUCUUGACAAGUCUGGGAACUCCAAAACAUAAGAAAUAGGUGUGUGGCAUUUUGCAAAGGUGGCAUGGUCCUUGAAUGAGUUAUUGCUGUUUUACAUCAACAAAAUAACUCAGUUUUCUAAGUUGCAAACAAAAAUAAAAGCUAUUUCUCAUGUGUUUUAUUCUUUCAGAAUAAACCAAUACCACAUGCUGCUAUAAUAAAAUUGCCUUCAACCACUUAAGCCUAACCUUUACUCAAGCAGUGAACGCCUAAAAUACAAGAAAUGGAAGAAGCUAGUUUUUUAUAAAACAGUAUCAUUUGUAGCUUAUUGGCCCUGCAUCAUUGUCCAGCAGAAAUAAAGUAGCACUAUGGGGUGCUCUCCUAAUACCUGCAAGUGACAAGGGACUCUUGGGAACUUGUAACGCAGUCCAGAGAGUGCAGUAACCACUUUACCAUGAAAAUCACUUGUUCUUCCCAUUUGGAGAUCUAUUAUGUUGAGGAAUUGAACCAUAAUUCAAAUAGAGUGUCCCAGAAAAAGACUUGGGCUCCAUGUUUGGAGUCUGACUGGCUUUGGGCACAGCCAGUGGCCAGGCUCAACCUGUGUGUCCCCUCCUUCCAAGGCUUUGCGUUCUGCACACCGCCUCACUAGCAGCAGGCUAGACACACCUGCCUGGGCUUGACUUGAGCUUGGGGAGUGAUUGGCCAGGGCUUUUAAACAGGAAUGUUCCACAGAAGUACCAGACAUUAUUUAUAUAAGAAUGAACGCUUUUUUUUAACAGUAUCCUUUCAGGAAUUUCUAACUACUUUGUAACUGCAUGAUUAACUUGGUGAUAAAAGCAGUUAUUAAAAGUCUACAUUUUCCAAAA